CCCUGUGCGCGGACAAUAGUGGCUGAAGGCAGUGGCGAUCAACAACGGUGAACUCCCUUCAAAUCGGAUUUAAACUCUUCGUCUAAUAGAGCUUGAGCAUGGAAUCCACUAUUAAGAAAUGUCAACAAGGGUUCAAAAAAGCAAAGAAUGAGAUUGAUAAUUGGGAGGAGCUUCAAACUAGAUUGAUGUCCCAGUUUGCUAAUGCUUCCUUCAUCAUCGAGAGGUUGCAGGUAAUUCAAGAUUCCAAAAACUAUGGGGCCUUGGCAUGCAUUCAAGGGAAGAAUUUCAUUCCAUUGUUUUAUCGUUCGAGAAGAUUGUCCGUGAUGGUAGACAUCAAGUAAAGUGUGGGUCAACCCGGCCAACUAUGAAACAGUUGCAGCAACGAGUUGGCAUCAAACCAAGCCUUGCAGAUUGCUUAGAUGGGCUUAGUAUUCUCUGUGAGAUGCACCAAUCAGAGUACCAUCUCAAAUCAGCUGUGGUUUCUGCAAUAUCAACACUUGCCUUGAAACCGAGUGGUGUGACCAAAGACUUAUGUGCCCUCAAGCAGCUUUUGUUAGAUCAGCCUAACAUUCCAAAAGAGGAAGUGCAAUUUAUAUUUGAUGUCAUCUUUGCCGAAGACAGCUGUUGAUCAGCUUAUAACACGCAUGGGACAUUGUGGAAACAUCUGCCUUUUCUGGGGUUGUGCUUAUGUUUCAAAUCUGUGCUAUGUUCUUUAUCUUCUGAGCAAACAAAACUAUUUUGUUUUUGCUCAAUAAAAUAUUACCCUCUCCAUCCCAUAUACUCCGUAGUUUAUUGGCAUGUUUGUCCCAAUUCCCAAAACAGAGACUUCUAUUCAAUGAAAACAAGCUGAUAUUCAUGUUUUAUGUUGUACGGUAUAAUGAUUAUAUUUUACUCAAAACUAAAGUAAUAAAAAAUAAAGUGUAAAUUU